UCUCAAGUUCUUCACGUUGGUUUUGUAGUUGUUGAUUAAUAAAUUUAAUGCGAAAUUAAUAAUAAUUUACAGCUACAUAACUAUAAGCAAAAUUAAUGAGAUAACAAUAGCAGCAUGGCAUCCCAUCCGAGGCAGGUCCCAAAUAUUUUAAUAACAGGUACCCCUGGUGUCGGCAAAUCCACGCUGUCAAAGUUGUUGGCAGACAGGACUAAGUUUACUUGGCGAGAAGUAUCAAAACUAGCUGAAGAAUAUAAUUGUUUAGACGAGUAUGACCCAGAAUAUCAGUGUCCAUAUCUCAACGAGGAUAAGCUUCUAGACACAAUGGAAGGGUUGAUGGCAAAAGGUGGUAAUAUUGUGGACUACCACGGCUGCGAGUUCUUUCCCGAGCGAUGGUUUGAUGCAGUCUUCGUAAUCAGAACUAGCAAUACUGUGCUGUAUGACAGACUUUCGGCUCGGGGAUACACUGGUAAAAAGUUAGAAGACAACAUACAGUGUGAAAUAUUCGAGACACUGUUAGAAGAAGCGCAGUCGUCGUACAAACCAGAAAUAGUUGUUCAGCUUCAGAAUGAGACGCAGGAGCAGCUUCAACAGAAUGUGAACACAAUUGUGGAAUGGAUAGAAAGGUGGAAGGAGGAGAAUUUAUAAAAAAAAUAAAAAUGAA